AUGCGAGAAACCGGAGUGGAUGACCACGGAUACAGACAUCCCCGAUGGAGUGGAUUCCUACUAUUUGCGCGCCAACACCGGCCCGCGAUUCCUUCUAGGGCGGGGGUGCUCUCGCGUCCCUCCAUCACCACCUGCCAGACCGCGGGCAAAUUUGUCAUUACUAGUAUCGAGUCCAGUUACUUGUACGGGGCCUCUAUUUUGGAUCAGUCAUUCACUCUGCAGAGCGUCCAUCAGGUUUACCAUAUGCUAGACGGGGCGAUCAGUGUGGCUAUCGAUGGAGAAGUCAACGUCGUUCGAGUGGGCGAGACGAGUUUCAUCGCCGCCGGAAUCAAGAUUCAAAUCGCCUUUCUGGAGAAGUAUACUCGCUUUUGGGCGCUCGCUAGUGGCGACUGGCUGGAGUCUCCAGUUGAGAACGCCGGAAUAACCGUAUAA